AUGUUAAACUACAUAAGCUCCAUGUCUCUCAAAUGCGCAGUUGAGCUUGGCGUACCAGACAUAAUCCACAACCAUGGCCGACCCAUCGCUCUCCCUGAUUUGGUCACAGCACUUGAGAUUCACCCAUCAAAAACUUGCUUCGUUUACAGGGUCAUAUCCCUCUUGGUACACUCCUGUUUCUUUGCUAUCACAGUAAAGGAGAAGAAGAAGCAGAAGCAGCAUAUGAUCUCACCCCCUUAUUCGAGGCUCCUCCUGAAAGAUAAGCUCCCAUGUCUGUCACCACAUAUUCUUACGCUUUGUCCUGCUUUUUUAACUGCAUGGCAAUUCUUGGGAAACUGGAUUAAAGCGGACAAAGGAACUACUCCAUUCGAGAUUGCACAAGGAAUGACGCUUUGGGAAUAUGAAGAUCAUAACCCAGCAUUUAACAGUCUAUUCAAAGAAGCAAUGGCCAGUGAUUCUGGGAUGCUGAACUUGGCUAUUAGAGACUGCAAACCUGUUUUCCUAGGCUUGGGUUCUUUGGUUGAUGUAGAAGGAGGUAUAGGAAAAGUUGCUAGUAUCAUCUCCAAGGCAUUUCCUCAGUUGAAGUGCACAGUGCUUGAUCUGUCCCAUGUGGUUGCUAAUUUGCCAGACACAGAGAACGUGAAGUUUAUUGGAGGCGAUAUGUUUCACUCUAACCCUCCAGCUGAUGCCCUUCUGCUUAAGUUGACUUUACACGCUUAUAGUGACGAGGAAUGUUUGAAGAUUCUGAAGAAAUGCAGAGAAGCAAUUCCAAGCGAUGGUGGAAAGGUUAUUAUCAUAGAUACAGUGAUUAACAAGGAAAAGGAGGAGCACCAAGUGACUGAAGCAAAGCUGUUUUUUGACAUGUUGAUGAUGGUUGUGGUUACUGGAAGAGAGAGAAGCGAGAGAGACUGGGAAAAGCUCUUCUUGGAGUCUGGUUGA